ACAUCUGGCAACACUGGCCAAAAACAAAACCUUUGCGCCUUUCAGCAGGAAUUUGUUUAUAUAGUUUUGGUAAUUGUUGUACCAAAAAGCAAACAUAAAUGUACCAAAAACAGUUUAGACGAGACUUUAAGCUGUUUUGUUUCCAACUGAGGUGAUACAACAAACACUGGGCUUGUGCGUCCAAGCCACGACAACACAAUAAAGCGUAGUGCACGCAGCACAUGGAUCUGGUGUCAACAACAGAGACGCCAAGGAAGCGCAAACACAGCGAAUACCAUGAUCCCGACUACCAGCAGCAUCAUGACACACAGUUGGGCGCCGGCAAGUUCCCGGAGCAGAAGCGUAUCAAAGUGCUGGAGAAGAAGGAGCAAACAGAGACACCAGUGGCUCCAGAUGCCAUUGAGGCGAACCCUGAGCUUAGAGCCACGCAAUUGCAGCGCAUUUGUGAGCUUAUACGGACUGAAUUUCAAAGGGAGCUGUCGCAAAAGGAGCAACAGUUGGCCGAAAUUGAUGGACGCUUACUACAGGCACGACAGCUGCUGGACAAGCUACGAUACCAGGUAGUGAGCGAAUACUAUCGCAAGCAACAAGUGACGCUCAAUGCAGCCGAUGUGGUAAAGGUUAGGGGCAAGGAUUCCUUAUUUGGAGACGAAGGCUCCUCUGGUCCUCAAAUGCCACUUCAUCCUGCCAUAAAGAAAAUCGUGGGCAAACGUCCGUUGCAGCCUCAGCCAAGUCAACCACCGGAACGUAAUGCUGCUGUGGUGGCCAAGCAAAGCAUUAAACUACGUAAUCCAGCUCACCGAAGGGCAGAACGUCGUCGGCAACAGAAAAUCAAGCAACAGGGUAUAGUCACGGAUCAUUCAAGGGAGGAAGGGCAACCCACCAAACUGGAGACGGAUCCUGAUGAAGAGCCUUGUACUAGUCGCCAGGCAUAUGAGCGCCAGCAGCAGCAGCAACAACAUCAGCUGGAACUAAAUGCCUCCCGUUUAAAUAACAAAAACAAAUUUGUUUUUGUGGUUGGCAACACCUCCAAGUAUAUAGGCCAGGAAUCGUUGGCCUAUAAAUGGCUGGUCUAUUUACAGGGUAAGAGUCUGCCACAGCCCCUCGAGGCAUACAUUCGAAAAGUUCGCUUCCAUUUGCAUCACACAUAUCGGCCCAAUGAUAUUGUGGAUGUACACAAACCUCCCUUUCAGUUGUCUCGCCGUGGUUGGGGUGAGUUUCCCAUGCGGAUUCAAUUGUAUUUCCAGGAGAAACUCCAACAGAAACCCAUACAACUGAUGCACACCAUUGUGCUGGACAAGACCAAGUGCGGCUUGCAUACCAUGGGAGCGGAGACGAUUCUUGAAGUGUGGCUAAAAGCAGAAGCAUUACCGACACAACCAGAAGCCUGUCCUCCACCAGUUCCAGCAGCUCCACCUGCGUAUCCUGCGUCGCUUGAUAUAAAUCCCUCAUUUGACGAUUCAUCUAAGCCCCGCACCAUAUCCAUUACACAAAACAAGGAGGAACUGGACGAUAAUCUCUUUGCUGGCGAUAUAAGUGAUAUUGAUAAUAUUGAGGAAUUGCAGCCAACAGUUUUGGUUACCGAAACCCUCAAGUUAAGCAGUCCAAAGAAGACAAAAACACCAAAUCAUCCCAGUCCCUCAAUUGUCUAUCUGCCGGUGAAUGGUAGUCCAAAGAAACCCAAUCACUUACAAAUCCUGGGCAAUGGUCAGACUAAGAAAAAGAAUGUGGUAUUCCAGAAGGCUGGCAAACUCUAUAUUAUUGAUCCCCAGCAGAGCAAACUGAAGCAGGCUGUAAAACAGCAGUCGCUACUGAAGCCUCAAUUAAGUCUGUUGAAGCCAACUGCUCGACGGUGGCAUUUGAUGCUGUGCAUCCAACACGAUCAUGGUUAUGCCAAUAUGAGUGUUAAUGCAGAGGAGGCCACCCACCAGCCCAGCCCCACAAUGGUCAAUAAUCAUUUGUCCGCUUCGCUCACACCUCAUCAGCGUUUGGAGCAACUUUUUGCUGGCCUGCAAUUUCAAAGUAUGCGAUAUGCCAUUGAAUUUCUUUUGCGUCGCUUGCCCUUGGUGUGUGACCAAUACAGCGAUCAUUAUCCCUUCAUGGUGGCCACUACAAAAGCUUUCAAGGAACAGUCAGCCCUGCGACAACGUUGCUUCGAAUAUUUGCGGGCCCGAUCUAUGCUGCAGUGCUUGAAGCAGCAUUUAAAAUUGCAGCAGAUCAAUGCGAGUGGUCGAGAGAUUUACUGGAGCAUACGGGAAAUUGUCAGCUUUGCCCGGUUGCAUGGUUACACGCCGCCUUUAAAAACAAUGACCAAAGGGAAUUGGGAAGCAGCACCUUCAUCUGACAGUCAUCGGCAAUUGUCACAGCGUGUCCAGGAACAAUUAAAUGAGAAGCCCAGCUCGCAUUGCCUCUCAUUUUGCAGUCUAAGCUCCAAUCGAUGUGUAGAAACCUGGAUAAGCAAACAACUGCCUCACGUGACCUUUUGUCGGCGAGAAGAUCAGGAACUAAUUGAUGUCGAGGCGAUUACAAACGAAAUGGCUACUAAUUCUGUUCAUGUACAAAAAGUCCCACCACCCCAGAAAUAUCAGACAAAUCAUAAUCAGAGUCAUUUCCUUCAUCUGCCUCCACCCACUCAUCUAGAAACUGCUGCCGAACUAGUCACGGAGAUGUGUAAAAACAUAAACAUUCAUUUAGAUACGGAGCAACCCGUGCCGGGGGUCUCGCAGUCCUUAUCUCUUAUUCUGCUCUCGCAUGUCCUGCGAAUGUUUGUGGAAAAACUAGUGCGUCAAUCGGUGGCCACCAAGUUGCAGCAGCAGCAUCAACAUAUGGAUACAAUCCUGUUACCUCAGGCGGCUGCAAAUUCCGAUAUGUUAUUGCAGCCGCAGGAUAUUGCACGUGUAAUUGUCCAAUGUUCUGAACUGGAUUUCCUGGGUAAUGGCCAUCUUGGUGUAUUGGCUUCUAUGGAGCCACAAAUGUAGCAUCACUUGGUCCUCCCCUUCCCCAAAACACACAAAAAUCGCCUUCACCCCCGCGCAUAUAGUUCAAAUUUCUCUGGGAUAUUAGUAGAUAUCGAAUUAUGUCUUUGUACUCGUACAUUUAAUUAAUCGUAAUUAAUAAAUUAAUUCUUUUUUUAA